AUGUCGCCCAGUAAACCGAAUAGCUACACCAGUACCAGUAAUUGUAAUGGCGAGACUGUUGGCCACCAGACCAGCAUUCUCGCCUCCGCUUACUGCGUAGACACUUCUGCCCGCCUCAGCGGAUUCCAAAACAAUGCUAACAUUCAUCCUCAGAUUACUCUACUACCGGCGCCGGCGGGGCCCAGUGGCAUCCCUGAGGUCCUGGGGAUCCAGGGAAUCCCCGCACCACCGUCAAGUCCCCCUCUAGCCGCCCUAACCUCCGCCAACGAGCUCGCGCUGAUGUCCAAAUCACGCGGCAACGACCAUACAACGGGCGCGAGGAGAAACGGUGGGCGUAAAGAGGGGGCAGCGUACUACAUCCGGGGAGAGUGUGAGAGACUCUUCUGCGAGACCAUGAAAGAUGUUUUCCUUGGUGAAGAAGGAACUUCGUCGAGUAACGGCUCAUUCGUGAUGGGUGCGGAUUUACAUAAUGCGUACCCUUCGCCUCCUAACGAGAGGCGGGGGGCGUAUGAUCAAAGUGAUUACUAUGGCAAGACGGACGUACAGGAUGUCGAUGCUUGGAUCGAGGUUUGGGACUAUGUCGGUGGAGCCAGCUUCCGCGGUUUCGUCGGCGGCAACGGGGAAAACAAGUCUCUGUUCGCAUUCUUCGAUUCUGCUGUCAUUGGAAGAGAUCUGAAACAAGGGCUUAUGGCAUUAAUCGAACUCGCCGAGACUGUCUUCGAUGUCUCGCAAGUUGUGGUCUGCGUCGAUCGGUCUGUACCCGACGUAGACCGCAAAGCCUUCCUGAAGAGCCUUCGAUGGGUCGGCUUCGAACUUGUUUCUCUUGAUUUGUGGGGCGGCGGCUUGGACAUGACAAGUGACAAGUGGCUGUUCUUGGGUAUGGAAAUUUAG